GUUCAGAAUAGAGCAAGGUACAAUGUCCACUGAACACCUACAAGGGGGAAGAGUUCGAGGAAUAUCCAUUGUGAAAGCUGUGGUUACAGGGAACACCAGCACUUAUCUUGGUGGUAAACGUGAGACAGACGGUCACACCCACACAUGGUCUGUCUACCUCAAGCCUUUCAAAAGUGAGGAUAUGAGCAUCUACGUCAAGAAAGUCCACUUCAAGCUUCAUGACAGCUAUUCCCAACCUAUGAGGAUAUUAUCUAAACCACCUUACAGCGUGAGCGAAUCAGGCUGGGGCGAGUUUGAGAUCAUGGUCAAAAUAUUCUUUCAUGACCCUGUUGAGAAGCCUGUUACUUUUUAUCAUCUUUUGAAACUCUUCCCCAAUGAGACAGUGACUGUCAAAGACAAGACUCUUAUAUCAGAACAGUAUGAUGAGAUUAUUUUCACAGAUCCUACAUCAAUCAUGUAUCCAUUAUUAGUCAACGCCCGCCCCAUGGACCCCAAUCUGUCGCAGCAUCAUAGAAACUUUGAUGAAUUAGAACGGAAAACUUUCACGUCUAUCAUUGAAGCAAGGCGUAAGAUAAAAACUGAGAUAGCAGAGUUGAGCAGUAGACUGAAAAACCAGCGGGAAUACCAUCAUGCAUUGAAACAGGAAGUGAAAGAGCUAGAGGAUGAAAAUAAAACCUGAUUAAGUUAAAAUACAGGUUGACUGAAUUAUUUUUGUAGCUGUUGGUAAAGAGCUUGCUCAUUUUCAGAAUAUUUCGAAUAAAAUUUGGCAAAAUUUGACCUCCCUGACAGGCAUUAUUAUACUGACUGUGAAUUAUGUUAUAGUUAUUUAAUGAUAUUUCAAUAUUGUUUAAAAAGAUAACGUUUUGCUGUUUAUUUAUUAUGAUGUCAGAGGUAUUCUGUGAUGAUAAGCAGAAUAAUGAAAUCCCAGAACUCAUUGUAAUUUUAGCCGGGUUUAGUCAGACCAAACUGAUUACAUAACAUGUAAACUGUAAA